AUGACAAACAAUUUAACCCAUUUAGAUGCAAACGGCGAUAUCUCAAUGGUCGAUGUAUCCGCCAAACCCCCUACCCAUCGCACCGCCACCGCCACAGGUAAAGUGAUUUUCCCAACCGACAUCUACCACGCCAUCAAAACCGCAGACGGUAUGACCAAAAAAGGCUCAAUCACCCAAACUGCCCAUAUCGCAGGGGUCAUGGCAAGCAAACGCACCCAUGAACUCAUUCCACUUUGCCACCAACUACCGCUAGACGGUGUCAAAAUCAGCUUUGACUAUGAGGACGACAAUUUUGCCAUUAACGUCACCGCCACUGCCAAAGUCACCCACAAAACAGGGGUCGAAAUGGAAGCCUUGACCGCCGUGUCAGUCGCUUGCCUAACCAUUUAUGACAUGACCAAAGCCUUAUCGCACGACAUUAUUAUCAGUGAUAUCAAAUUGUUAAACAAAACAGGGGGCAAGUCUGAUUAUGUCAACAACUAA